AUGACUACCUAUUACUGUUAUGGAAAAGACGGCAAAGUCACUGCUACCCAUCUCAAUCCAAAUGCCCCAGCAUUCACACGUAGCAUCCAAGGAGCCACCUCAGACCAGCAACAUGGAGACAUUGUUGGAGCCUAUCUCGCACACCGUGCAAUGACUUACCCCGCACCAAAUCCAGAAGAAACACAUCAGUAUGGGAGCACCCCAUAUCAGUCAUGGGGCCAGCCACUCGACAACAGCGCUAUAUCAGAACUCAUGGAGCCAAGCCACUGGUCCAGCGACGAAUAUGAGUCAUCUAGCUAUCCAACCAGUUCACAAGCUGAGUCUAUGAGUACUCUGGGUUACGCUGGAUGGGCUUCCCACUCAGGUAUAGCUCAUCCCUAUCCAAAUCCGGAAGACAUUCGUCAUAUGCACACAUUGCAUAGCCUAUUGCCAUAUCUGCAACCCGAGAGAAAGUUGAACGCACUACACGGACCGGCAGUCGAUAUCAUUGAGCAGGAUACUGGAGUCGUGCUUGCCUAUCAAGUUCCCAAGAAGCUACUGGUUUUGUUUCUUGGUCGGAGGGUUCUCAACAAGUACAUCCGAACGGUACAACGCCAAGACGGCAAGAGCUCGAGCGAACCGCCAACCUACCAGGAAAUGAGCCUACCUCGUGGGGUAAGCAGCAAGGCCGCAAUGAGGGUGUUGAUUGCCUGGAUGGCAAGGGCUUGCCAGUACCACACCAUGGCUACGAUGGAACAGAUUCGCAUUCCCAGGAAGACGUUUGUCGCAUGUUCAUUGGCUCAAACUAUGGAGCUUCUCGGCCUUCACAAGGAUGCUCUUCGGGUUGACAAUUUCAUCGCACAGACGCAUUUUGUCCGCCCAAUCUUCGCAGUCGAGUUGGAGGCCUUGUGGAACUGCCUUGGUGAAGAAAAUCGAUACGUCUACGCGGCUAUCCGGGUUGUCGGUAAUAGAUUGCAAACGCAUGAAAGCAACGAUUCAAAAGCCGUUCCAGGCAUUGAUACUGACAUGUACGCUACGCUGAAAAGGUAUCCACAACUGGAAGCCCGUGUGCGCGAUCCGGAGCUGAAUGAGCGGUACCACCCACACUUCAGCACGAAUUGGACGAAGAACUUGGGAAGUAGUGCGCGAAACAAGACGACGAAUAGUUCUCAGGGUGGACAUGAUACUGGCAACCACUGGUCACAGGAGGACGUCAACAAGAGCCAUACAACAGAUAUCAAAGAUACGACACAAAAUCUCGGGAGCUUGAGUAUCGUCUCGGAUGACUCGAAGCUCUCGGUAGCUUAUGCGGAGAGCGAUAUCAUGCCACAUGAUGGCAGCACCCCAACUCAAUGGUAA